AUGGUCAUCAAUACAGAAAUUCUACAUGUCGAGCGGGGUAGUGGGGAGGAGCCCGUCGAGAAAAUGUGUCCAGCCACGUUCAAAGACUGGCCUGAGCUGCGCAAGGUAUGCCUGCCAAAUUUGGAAGAGAUCUGUUUUGAAUACGUUGAAGACGAUGAUGUAGUGGAGGAGGAGGGUCAUCGGGAGCUACGCUCACGGUGCAAGGAAGCCGGUAUCAAGGUAAAGUCUAUUGGAUGGGUGAAGGGAAGGGAGUAUACCGCCGGACGAUUCAAUAUCGUGAACGGCUAA